AUGAUCUUAUGCACAGGACUGCGCUAUGGCUAUUCUUGUCAGUCAUUUCGUUCAUCAGCCUCGACAAGGCGGUUUUUGCAACAUGCUGCACAUGAUGCCCAAGCCUUUCUGGAGCCUAUAACAUCACACCCUGGAAUAACUUGUUUGUCGCUCAACCGGCCUCAAACCAAGAACGCGAUUUCUUUGACUCUUUUGCAACAACUUCGAGAAAGCAUAGAAACAGUACGCUUUGAUAAAAGCGUCCGGGUUCUGAUACUCCGCUCGACGACGACUGGAUCUUUUUGCGCGGGUGCGGAUCUCGCGGAGCGCCGUGCAAUGUCGCAACUUCAGGUUGCCAAAUUUCUUGCAGACCUCCGGGACACUUUGGGUAAAUUGGAAUCGCUUCCGAUGCCUACUAUUGCUGCCAUUGAUGGCCCAGCACUUGGCGGAGGUCUCGAACUAAGCCUUGCUUGUGAUCUGCGAGUUGCAGGUCGCGAUGUUACAAAGAUAGGUCUUCCGGAGACGAGCCUCGGAAUAAUUCCUGGUGCCGGUGGAACUCAAAGAGUCACGAAACUUCUUGGCCCCUCAAGAGCUAAAGAUCUAAUAUUCACGGCGCGCACAUUAUCGGCUUCGGAGGCCUUGGAGUGGGGGCUGGUCAACUAUAUCUCCACACCCGAAACAACUGCAUUUGACCGUUCCCUCACUCUGGCAGAAAGCAUUGCGAAAAAUGCACCCCUGGCGCUUCGCGCUGCAAAGCAAGCGGUAUCUCGCUCUGCAGACUUGGCAUUGGAAGUAGGACUGGACUUCGAACGCGCUUCUUACGAGACGCUUCUAACAAGCCUUGACAGGAUGGAAGCGCUUCAAGCUUUUAGAGAGAAACGCAAGCCUGUAUUUAGAGGGGAAUAA